GUCUGGUUUCAGAACCGUCGCGCCAAGUGGAAGAAACGAAAGAAGGCUACCAAUGUGUUCCGCAGUCCAGGAGCUCUACUUCCUUCUACUGGCCUCAGUCCCUUCGGGAGUGUCAGCGACGCUUUCUGUGGGUUUCCCUCCGCUGACGGACGCUGGCCAGGCAUGGCGCAGAUGAACUCAAACAUGAACACAUUGGCCCUUUCAGCCGCCACUCUAGGGCCCCGACAGAGCAUCCAGUCCUCGCUAACCUCACCCAUGUCGAUGAACUCCCUAGGAAACCACUCCAAUCCCAUGAGUUUUGGUAACACUUUGGGUAUGAGCAAUGGCAGUCCUCCCUCGGCCUACAACACAGGCUACUCCAUGGUCCCCACGGCUUCAUGUGGAGCCACCAAUGGCGGUGGCGGUCUGUCUGGCAACUCGCCAUCUCCAACUUUGUCGUCGACACUUCAGUGCGGCCUGUCUGACAUGGACGAGACAUGGAGAGGCUCUAGCAUUGCGGCACUGAGGAGGAAAGCUAUUGAGCAUACAGUCAACAUUGGCGGCUAUCGAUGA